UUAGAGAUCCAACCGGUUGACGCGUGCGACCGCUUGCGGGCGAUAACCCGCGUUUCUGUGUUAAUAUAUUGCGUGCGCAGCGUUGAGUAUUUUUAUUAUAGUAGGCAAGUGUAAUUGUAGUGGUUCCAAUGGUGACCCGCGCCCGUGUGUGACCGCCGCGUGAGGCGCACUACUACGUGAGAUGUGGCGCGCGGCGGUGGUGGUGAUGGUGGUGGAGGUGGCGGUGGCGGUGACCCGGCCGCACAUCGUGCUCAUCGUGGCCGACGACCUGAAGACCGGAAAAUUGUGGAUGAGGGAUGGAACGACGUGGGCUUCCACGGCAUGAGCCACAUCCCGACCCCCAACUUGGACGCCCUGGCGGCGUCGGGCCGGCCGCUGCAGCGCUACUACGUGGCCCCCGUGUGCACGCCCUCGCGGGCCGCGCUCAUGACCGGCAAAUACCCCAUACACACCGGUAUGCAGCAUAGUGUAAUAUACGGUAUGGAACCCCGCGGUCUGCCGCUGUCUGAGAAAAUCCUGCCGCAAUAUCUGAAGGAGCUGGGCUACAAGACGCACCUAGUCGGCAAGUGGCAUCUCGGACAUUUCAAGAGGGAAUAUUUACCCUUGAACAGAGGGUUCGACUCGCACCUAGGGUUCUGGACGGGCAAGAUCGACAUGUACGACCACACCAACAUGGAGCACGACACGUGGGGGCACGACUUCAGGCGAGGAUUCUCUAAUGCCUACGAUUUAUUUGGAAGAUACGUUACCGAUGUCUACACCGAUGAAGCCAUUAAGGUGAUCGAGGCUCACAACGCGAGCUGCCCGCUGUUCCUGAUGGUGGCACACUCGGCCGUGCACUCGGGCAACCCCAACCAGCCCAUCCGCGCGCCCGACGACACCGUAGACUCCUUCCGGAACAUCAGCGACCCUCGACGGCAGCGGUUUGCCGGCGUGUUGGCGAAGCUGGACGAGUCAGUGGGGCGGGUGACGGCGGCGCUGCAGCGGCGGGGGCUGCUGCGCCGGGCGCUCGUCGUGUUCACCACCGACAACGGCGGCGUGCCGCAGGGCUUCAACGACAACGCCGGCUCCAACUACCCGCUCAGGGGGACUAAAAACACACUCUGGGAAGGAGGUGUGCGAGGGGCCGCGUUCGUUUGGAGUCCGCUGAUAGAGAGCAGGUCUCGUCUCGCCAUGCAGAAGAUGCACAUAGUGGACUGGCUGCCGACCAUGUUGAGCUUUGCUGGAGGAAACGUUAGUGCGCUGGCAGAUAUAGACGGCGUGGACCAGUGGGCGGCGCUGGCGCAGGACGGGCCGGCCGCGCGGCACAGCCUGCUGCACAACAUCGACGAUGACUACGGCAACGCAGCAAUCACUGUUGACGAUUGGAAACUACUCAACGGCACGACGUACAAUGGCACGUGGGACGGGUGGUACGGGCCCGCGGGCCGCGAGCGGCCCUACAACGUGAGUCUUGUGUACGACAGCGAGGCCGCGCGCGCCGCCGCCGCCCUGGGGCUCAUGCCGGCGCAGGAACACUACCUCGAGAUGCGAGACGCAGCAACAUUAACGUGUAAAAGUGAUUUACCCCCAAUAAAAUGCCAGCCCUCGAGUGCGCCAUGUCUAUUCAAUAUCAAAGAAGAUCCGUGCGAACUCAGGAAUCUGGCUGACGAGCAGCCGGCGGCGGCGGGCCGGCUGCUGGCGGCGCUGCGGCGCGCGCGGGCCUCGGCGCUGGCGCCCAACAACGCGGCCGACGACCCGCGCGGGGACCCGCGCCUCUGGGGCCGCGUCUACACCAACUUCGGGGACUACGGGUCCUCUGGCGGUAGUAUUAAGUAAUGUAAGAACUACACAUAGCGGAAGGAAAAUAAAAAUACUUCUUAACUACAA